AUGGAAUUGGAAAAGGGUCAUUUCGGGAAUUUGCACAGACAACCCGAAACCCUAAUUUUUUUUGCGUCUCAUAUAUAACUCACCUCAAAAACCCUAGUCGUCGUCUUCCUUCUCUCUAUUUCCUUUCUUUCUCUCUCCUGCGGCGAAAAUGUCGAAGCGAGGACGUGGAGGUUCUGCUGGAAACAAGUUCAGGAUGUCACUGGGUCUCCCAGUGGCAGCCACAGUGAACUGUGCUGACAACACAGGGGCGAAGAACCUGUACAUUAUUUCCGUCAAGGGAAUUAAGGGUAGGCUCAACAGGUUGCCAUCAGCUUGUGUGGGUGACAUGGUUAUGGCUACUGUCAAGAAAGGAAAGCCUGAUCUCCGUAAGAAGGUCAUGCCUGCUGUUAUUGUCAGGCAACGCAAGCCAUGGCGCCGAAAGGACGGUGUCUUCAUGUACUUUGAAGAUAAUGCUGGAGUAAUUGUCAAUCCGAAAGGUGAAAUGAAAGGAUCUGCUAUUACUGGUCCCAUUGGUAAGGAGUGCGCCGAUCUAUGGCCAAGGAUUGCAAGUGCUGCUAACGCCAUUGUCUAAGAGAUGCCAGAAGUUUCUCAAAUUUUGUUUUGCUUUAAAAGCUGAAUGUUUGUAGUCGGAUAAGUGAACAAUGCAAGUUUGGUAGGAUAUGUUAAAACAAUGUGUGAUUUUGCGUGAUAAUUUAAAGCAGUGAUUAAAUACUCCA